AGCAGCACGCGCGUAGACUCAUUGCCGCAAAGGAAGACCGAUACCAGAAAAAAUGGCGGACAGUGUUGUUUCUUUGCUCUUAGAGACUCUGAAUCAGCUACUAGACCAAGAUGCUGACCUGCUUCUUGAUGUGGAGGACGAGAUAAGGUCAUUUCAUGUAGAGCUGGGAUUGGCAAAUGGCUUUAUCAGGAACUCUGAGGGUCAAGGGAAUGCCGAAGCGGUGAAAGAAUUGGAGAAGGAAAUCAGCAAAGCAGCUUAUGAUGCAGAGGGCGACAUCGACACGUUGGCUGUCAAUGUCGCCAAGCAAAGGAUGAGAGGCAAGUUUGGCAAGUUUUUUCAUCGCUUUGGCCACAGAAGCAGGCUUAACGAUGUUUCGACAAAGAUCAAAAUCAUCACGAAGCGAGUCAAAGACAUUUAUGGCAAGAAAGUCUCAAACAACAACCAACCCGGCACCGGUAGCAGCCAGUCAUUUUUAACAGGUGACCGGAACAUCAAGGAAGUUGAUCUGACAUGCUUUCCGGAAGCGCUGAAGACUUUGUUGGAUCAGCUGCGGAAGGAUGACGGGGCGCGUGAGAUUAUUUCAGUUGUUGGAGAGGUCGGCAUCGGCAAGACUGCUCUUGCCAAGAAGAUCUACAACGACAUUUCGGUUCAGGGUCACUUUGAAUGCCUUGUAUGGGUUCAAGUAUCCCGGGAUUGCAAAGCUGUAGAGUUGCUGAACAAAAUUUUAGAGCGUUUUCAGCGUCCGGUGAGUGCCGGAGAAAUGCAUGACAUGAAAGAGGAAGAUUUGCAGAAGAAGCUGUCUGAUUACUUACAAAAUAAGCGAUAUCUAAUUGUCAUGGAUGACUUGAGGAAAAUAGAUGGAUGGGACAAGGUAGAACAAGCCUUCCCUGAUGGUGGGAAAGGAAGUAGAAUCUUGCUCACUUGUCGACCUGAGUAUAAUAAGGAUCCACAAGGAAGGCCAACCAAUUAUUCCCUUCCACUUAGUGUGCUCAAUGAAAAAGAGAGCUGGAUUUCCCUAUGUGAUGGAAUCUUCCCUGCAGGAAUAUGUGCUCCGAAGUUUGAAGUACCCGGCGAACAGAUGGCACAAAAAUGUAAGGGUUCACCUCUGUCCCUUGCAUUUUUAGGCCAUUUGUUAGUAAUGCAGCGGCAAAAUGUUGAAGCAUGGUACAAGUUAGCAAAUUAUUUAAAUACAUCAUCUACUGAGGGUAGCGAGCACAGCAUAGACCUGCUUCUAAGCUUUGUCCAUGAAAAUUUACCCAAUCACUUGAGCCUCUGCUUUCUCUAUUUUGGUAUGUUCCCAGAAGGAGCUGAAAUCCCCGUGAGGCAAUUGAUCCAAUUCUGGAUAGCCGAAGGGUUUAUUCGUCAAAAGGGUAGUACAAAGAUGGAAGAUGUUGGGGAGCAAUACUUGGAGGAGCUCAUCAGACUCAACUUGAUCCAGGUGACUGCGAGGAGGACAGACGGUGGAGUGAAGACGUGCGGCAUCCAUGAUCUUUUCCGGAAGUUUUGCAUUUCCAAGGGCAGAGAAACGAAAUAUCUUGAAAUGCCAGAGAAUUUAAGUGAUGCUCAGGAAAAGACAAUUAGAAGACUAGCCAUUCAUGUCACCUCUCCGAAGGGUGUUUUCUCAAAACUCAGCCGGUGUUCAGGCGUCCGUUCUUUCCAUUAUUCUGUCAUAGGUACUGAUCAUGUUACGCUUCCCACUGCUCGGUGGAGUACACUUUACGAAGGCUUCAACUUGAUCAGGGUGUUGAACCUGGGGAUGAUAGUUGUGUCCGGCCUUCCCAAGGAGGUUGGAAGGCUGAUUCAUUUGAGGUACUUGAGGAUAAGAGCUCCGGAUAUGAAGAAUGUUCCUCCCUCUAUAUGCAAUCUUCUAAAUCUUCAAACACUGGACAUGAGAGAGUCUAGCUUGAGCAACUUGCCGGAUGGGAUUUGGAAGCUGCAGCAACUACGGCAUCUGUACUUGUUUCGGCUCCGUAAUUUUUGUGAUCAAGGAAAUGAUGAGAAAUCUCUUGGGAACCUCCAAACCUUGUAUUGCAUACGUCCCCAUAAAGGCAUGAAGCGCCUUAUGGUCAAGGCCAAGUUCCCUAAUGUUAGAAAACUAAAACUAGAUAGCCAAAACCGGGAGGAAACGGCUAAAUUCCUUGAAAGCCUUGAUCAUCUAUACCACCUCCAGUCACUCAAAAUUGUUUCAGAUUCUAAACUUCCUGAUUCAAAUGCAUUCCCCUUGACACUCACCAAAUUAACUUUGCAGGAUACAACUCUUGGGGAAGAUUGUGUGAAAACACUAGAGAAGCUGCCUAAUCUUCGUGUACUCAAACUACUACAAAAUUCUGUUAAUGGAGAGGAGAUCAACUUCAGUGCAGGUGGGUUUCCUCAGCUCCAAAUCCUCCAAAUGGUGGAACUGCAUAUAACUACAUGGGCACUAGGAAGAAAAGCGAUGGUGAAUCUUCGACAUCUGGUCAUCAGUAAAUGUGAUCAUUUGGAGAAAGUUCCAGAUGACCUGAAGAGCUUGGCUAAUCUGCAAAUAGUCGAGGCCCUUUGGCUCUCUACAAAUCUGAGAGAGACCCUUCAAAACAUCCUGGGUAAGGAUGGGCCUAAGAUAAUGAUAGUACCAGACAUGUCUGUUGCAUCAACUUGAAGAUGUUUGUUACGUGGUCAAGUGGGAGACUAGAAGCUGGCAGAGUAGGAAGCAAGUCGUGCAGUAUUUGUAUUUGUUUUGGGUCUGUUGUUUUACUAGUGUUAUUUGGUUGGGAGACUUAUGGAUAGCACUGUAUUGAGUAGGAAUAAAUAUUUAUCUCACCUUGGAUGAAGAUAUACAGCUUAUGUUAUGUUAGAAUUAAGUUGAGUUGUGGUCACUUUGAGGUUCUUUCACAUGGGACUCUUUUCAUUGUAUGCUGUUCUUAAAUACUGCACUGUUAUGUAAUAAAAGUAUCGAACAAAUAUUUUAUCAAA